AACGCCGAGACCCACUUGUGAACCGGUCAGAUACAGUAAGGAGAUCUAUUCAAGCGGUAACAGUCAGUCAAUAAAUACAGAGAUUUCUCAAUAGAACCAUGUCCACGGACGUGCGAGGAGUUAUAUUGUCUGGCUCUCAAUUGGCAAAGGAAAUUCGCGAGGGGCUGAUCAAAGAUGUGAACGUCUUAAAAGAAAAGUUACCUGGAUUCUCACCUAGCCUGGCUAUCGUUCAGGUGGGCGCGCGGGAGGAUUCAAAUGUCUAUAUAAAAAACAAAGCUAAUGCUGCCCGGGAAAUAGGAAUCGAUAUUCGACAUUUGCAACUUCCCAACACUAUCACAGAAAUGGAACUCAUCAAUGAGGUUACCAAGCUGAACGUUAAUCCAAAUGUUCACGGAAUUAUUGUACAAAUGCCGCUCGACAGUGUCAAUAAAAUUAAUUCUAACCUGAUUACCGAUUUGGUAUCGCCGGAAAAGGAUGUCGACGGAUUAAAUACUGUUAAUGAAGGCCGAGCUGCGAUCGGUGAUACGUCGGGAUUUGUGCCGUGCACUCCGAAUGGCUGCAUCGAGUUAAUUAAAAAAAGCGGCGUGCCAAUUGCCGGUGCUCGAGCCGUUGUUUUAGGAAGAAGCAAGAUUGUCGGCACGCCAGCUUCCGAAUUAUUAAAGAUGCACAAUGCUACGGUAACAAUUUGCCACUCGAGAACAAAAAAUCUUCCUGAUGUUGUACGCGAAGCUGAUAUCUUAGUUGUGGCUAUAGGAAAACCCGAAUUUGUUAAAGGCGAUUGGAUUAAACCGGGCGCCGUCGUUAUCGAUUGCGGUAUCACCUCCGUACCAGAUUCUACGAAGAAAAGCGGACAGCGUUUGGUGGGCGACGUGGACUUUAAAGAAGCUGUCAAAGUAGCAUCGUACAUCACUCCGGUACCGGGCGGCGUCGGGCCGAUGACGGUAGCGAUGUUGAUGAAGAACACCGUGAUAUCCGCGCAAAGAAUGGCACAGAAACUCCUCAACACCCAAUGGAACCUACGGCCUCUCAAAAUAAACCCUGUGAAGCCUGUAUCGAGCGAUAUCGUUAUUUCUCGAAGUCAGGAGCCAAAACCGAUCGCUACACUAGCCGAUGAGAUCGGACUGAUGCCGAACGAGUUCAGUCCUUACGGUAGCAAGAAAGCCAAGAUCGGUCUCAGUGUGCUGCAACGAUUGAAAAAUCAACAGAACGGCAAGCUGGUCGUGGUGGCGGGUAUCACGCCGACACCGUUCGGUGAGGGUAAGAGCACAACCACUCUCGGGUUAGUGCAGGCACUGACGGCGCACAAAGGCAAGAAUUCGAUCGCUACCCUAAGACAACCUAGUCAAGGACCUACGUUCGGAGUCAAAGGCGGGGCUGCCGGAGGUGGAUAUUCACAAGUAAUUCCUAUGGAGGAGUUCAAUCUUCAUUUAACCGGUGAUAUUCACGCCGUUACCGCCGCGAAUAAUCUACUGGCGGCGCAGAUCGAUGCGCGAUAUUUCCACGAAUCGACGCAGAACGACAAGGCUCUUUACGAUCGGUUGGUGCCGACUAUCAAGGGCGUCAGGCAGUUUUCGAAAAUUCAGUUAAGACGAUUGCAAAAACUGGGUAUCACGAAAACCGAUCCGAACACGUUAACGGAAGAGGAACAGAGUCGAUUUGCAAGGUUGAAUAUUGAUCCAGAGAACGUUACGUGGACGCGAGCGGUGGAUACCAACGAUCGAUACUUGCGGAAGAUCACCAUUGGUCAGAGUCCAACCGAGAAGGGCUUGACGAGAGAAACGUCGUUUCGUAUUUCCGUUGGCUCGGAAAUAAUGGCGAUCCUCGCGUUGGCGACCAGCGUCGACGAUAUGAAAGAGCGACUUGGCAACAUCGUCGUCGCAUUUAGCAAAAGCGGCGAGCCUUUGACCGCUGAAGACUUUGGCAUGACAGGGGCAAUGGCGAUUCUGCUGAAAGAUGCCAUAGAACCGACACUUAUGCAAUCAUUGGAAGGUACACCGGUAAUGAUACACGCUGGACCGUUUGCCAACAUAGCCCACGGUUGUUCAUCCAUUAUCGCUGAUGCCAUUGCUCUAAAAUUAGUCGGACCGGAAGGUAUAGUAAUUACGGAAGCCGGUUUCGGAUCGGAUAUCGGUAUGGAAAAGUUCUUCGACAUCAAAUGUCGCACUUCUGGACACGUGCCGAGCGCGGUUGUGCUCGUAGCGACCGUCAGAGCGUUGAAAAUGCACGGCGGUGGACCGCCAGUUACAACAGGGUCUCCUUUGAAGAAGGAAUAUCUCGAAGAAAAUCUCGAUCUUAUUUCAAAAGGCGCCGAAAAUCUAAAGAAGCACAUCAGCAACGGUUUGAAAUUUGGCGUGCCCGUAGUUGUUGCCAUUAACGUUCACAACACGGAUACUCAAGCGGAACUGGACCUCGUUAAACGUCUAGCACUCGAGAGUGGUGCAAGUGACGCUGUGAUAUGCACCCAUUGGGCAGAAGGUGGCCUAGGUGCUUUAAAACUUGCUGAUGCAUUGACAGCCGCUACAGAAAAACCUAACAACUUCCAUCUAUUGUACAAUCUUGAUAGCAGUAUUGAGGACAAAAUCAAUAAAAUCGCUAAGGAAAUGUAUGGCGCUGGCCAAGUCGUUCUCGCGGAAAAGGUGCAGAAAAAGAUCGAAGAAUAUAACAAAUUGGGAUAUAACAAAUUGCCGCUAUGCAUGGCAAAAACAUCGAAUUCGUUAACCGGAGAUCCGUCUAUCAAAGGCGCACCGACCGGUUUUACUCUCAAUAUUACGGACAUAUUCGUUUCCGUAGGCGCCGGAUUUGUCGUUCCUAUGGUGGGAGAGAUUAUGAUGAUACCUGGACUUUCGACUAGACCAUGCAUCUACGAUAUGGAUCUGAAUAGUGAAACGAACGAGAUAGAAGGUCUGUUUUGAAAACAGACAUUUAUUUUUUUCUGAAGAAAAUGAAUUUUGUACGCAACAAUUUGUAUGUUAAAAUAUAAACAGUUAACAAUAAAUAUUUUUCUAC